AUGGAUGGAACGGAGAGAGUAAAGGACUCGCAUGAAAGGCACCGUAGCUUCAGCAGAAGCGUGGAGGAUGUGAUUUUAAGUGCCACACACUCUCGUCGAAACAGUCGAAUGGAAGAAGAAGAAGAAGCUCUGACAUGGGCUGCCAUUGAGAGACUGCCCACAUAUAAUCGGCUAAGAACAAGCAUCAUCAAAUCCUUUGUGGAAACCGAUGCUCAAGGAAAUAACAACAACAAAGUGGUGCGUAAGGAAGUAGAUGUUCUGAAGCUCGACCUAAUCGACCGUCAGAAAUUCAUCGACGGCACUUUUAAGAUUGCCGAGGAAGACAAUGAGAGGUUCUUGAAGAAGUUUAGAAGUAGAAUUGAUGAGGUGGGUAUCAAACUACCUACAGUGGAAGUUAGGUUUGAGCACUUGACAGUUGAAGCCGAUAGCCAUAUUGGCAGCAGAGCUCUUCCCACUCUCCCAAAUGUUACUCGGAACAUUGCAGAAUCAGCUCUUGGCUUAAUUGGGAUUAGAUUAGCUAAAAAAACAAAUCAAACAAUUCUCAAAGAUGCCUCUGGCAUUGUUAAACCGUCGAGGAUGACCCUUUUAUUAGGUCCUCCAUCCUCUGGAAAAACAACACUUUUGCUGGCACUAGCUGGGAAAUUGGAGCCAAGCUUGAAGGUCAAAGGAGAUAUCACUUACAAUGGGUACAAGCUACAUGAUUUUGUGCCACAGAAGACAUCUGCGUAUAUUAGCCAAAAUGAUGUUCAUAUAGGAGAAAUGACAGUCAAAGAAACUCUAGAUUUUUCCGCUAGGUGCCAAGGGGUUGGGACUAGAUAUGAACUUCUUUGUGAGCUUGCUAGAAGAGAAAAGGACGCUGGUAUAUUUCCUGAGGUAGAUGUUGACCUUUUCAUGAAGGCUACAUCAAUGGGAGGAGUUGAGAGUAGUCUCAUUACUGACUAUACUCUCAGAAUUUUGGGGCUCGAUAUAUGCAAGGAUACAAUUGUUGGAGAUGAGAUGCAGAGAGGGAUAUCUGGUGGGCAGAAAAAACGAGUAACCACAGGUCCAUUCCCACCCUUUCCUUGUGGCCAUAUUGUCUACCAGGGGCCACGCGAGCUUAUAUUGGAGUUCUUUGAUAGUUGUGGAUUUCGAUGCCCUGAACGAAAGGGAACUGCUGAGUUCUUACAAGAGGUAACCUCAAGGAAAGACCAAGAGCAAUAUUGGGCCGACAGAGGCAAGCCAUACCAAUACAUAUCAGUCACUGAAUUCGCAAACCAGUUCAAGCGCUUCCAUGUGGGAAUGAGUAUCCAUAAUGAGCUCUCAAUCCCUUACAAUAAGUCCCGAGGGCAUAGAGCAGCCCUUGUUUUCACAAGAUAUUCAAUACCCAAAUUGGAACUUCUCAAGGCCUGUUUUGCCAAGGAAUGGCUGCUGAUAAAAAGAAACUCUUUUGUUUACAUUUUCAAGAUGGUUCAAAUUAGUAUAGUGGCAGUUGUAGCAACUACCGUAUUCUUAAGGACCCAAAUGCACACCCAAAAUGAAAAUGAUGGUGCAUUGUUUAUCAGUGCAAUUAUAUUUUCCCUGGUCACUAACUUGUUUAAUGGUUUCUCUGAGCUCUCACUGACCAUUGCAAGACUCCCUGUAUUUUACAAGCACAGAGACCUUCUUUUCCACCCUGCUUGGACUUUCACUCUCCCAUGUGUCCUACUCCGGAUUCCUAUAUCCCUUUUAGAAUCCACUAUUUGGGUUGGCAUUACAUAUUACACAAUUGGGUUUGCACCUGAAGCUAGCAGAUUUUUCAACCAACUAUUGCUGUUUUUUCUGAUCCAACAAAUGGCUGCUGGGAUGUUUAGGCUUAUCGCUGGAGUCUGCAGGACCAUGAUCAUUUCCAACACAGGCGGGAGUAUCAGUCUGAUGAUUGUUUUUAUACUUGGAGGUUUCUUAAUUCCUCGAGGUGAAAUUCCAAAGUGGUGGAUGUGGAGCUACUGGAUUUCACCUAUGGCAUAUGGCUUCAAUGCUCUUGCUGUAAACGAAAUGUUUGCACCGAGGUGGAUGAACAAACUGGCUUCAGAUAAUGCCACCAGAUUGGGUGUGGCAGUGCUUGAGAACUUUGGUAUUUUCCCUGACAGAAACUGGGUUUGGAUUGGAUCUGCAGCUCUUGUCGGAUAUGCAGUUUUCUUCAACAUCCUUUUCACACUCGUACUUAUGUACCUGAAUCCUCUUGGAAAGCCACAGCCUAUGAUAUCUGAAGAAGUAGCGGCUGAAAUAAGAGCAGAUGAAGAAGAAUCGAAGAAUAGACUUGGUAGAAAUGCUAAUUCGUCUCUUGAAGCAGGAAAUGUUGUUACCCUAAAGAGAGGAAUGGUUCUUCCCUAUACUCCUCUUGCAAUGUCCUUCGACAGUGUUAAUUACUAUGUGGACAUGCCCCCCAAAAUGAAGGAAGAAGAAGUAAAAGAGGACAGGCUUCAGCUACUUUGUGAAGUAACUGGUGCCUUUAGGCCUGGGGUCUUGACAGCUCUAAUGGGAGUCAGCGGGGCGGGGAAGACAACUUUGAUGGAUGUCUUAGCAGGAAGAAAAACAGGUGGCUACAUUGAAGGUGAUAUUAGAAUUUCCGGGUACCCUAAGAAACAAGAAACCUUUGCCAGAAUUUCUGGUUAUUGUGAACAAAAUGAUAUCCACUCACCCCAAGUCACUGUCAAGGAUUCAUUGAUUUAUUCAGCUUUCCUUCGGCUCCCUAAAGAAGUCACCAAAGAGGAAAAGAUGACCUUUGUAGAUGAAGUAAUGGAACUGGUUGAGCUAGGUGGUCUCAAAGAUGCUUUAGUGGGGCUUCCAGGAGUUACAGGGUUAUCAGAACAGAGAAAGAGGUUGACAAUUGCAGUAGAGCUCGUUGCUAAUCCCUCGAUCAUUUUCAUGGAUGAGCCAACAUCAGGUCUUGAUGCAAGGGCAGCUGCCAUUGUUAUGAGGGUGGUUAGAAAUACCGUGGACACUGGUAGAACAGUUGUCUGCACAAUUCAUCAGCCUAGCAUAGAUAUCUUUGAGGCCUUUGAUGAGCUGCUGCUCAUGAAGAGAGGAGGACAGUUGAUAUACUCCGGACCAUUGGGCCGCAAUUCUCACAAGGUCGUGGAAUAUUUUGAGGCAGUUCCUGGUGUUCCAAAAAUUAAAGAAAAGUAUAAUCCAGCAACAUGGAUGCUUGAGGUGAGUUCGACCGCAACUGAGCUCCGGCUUGAAAUCGACUUUGCUCAACACUACAAGUCAUCUUCCUUGUACCAGAGAAACAAAGCUUUAGUGACAGAGUUAAGCAUACCACCACCAGGAGCAAAUGAUCUUUAUUUUCCAUCUCAGUAUUCUCAAUCAAUGUGGGAGCAGUUCAAAUGUUGCCUUUGGAAGCACUGGUGGACUUACUGGAGAAGUCCUGAUUAUAUCCUUGUUAGGUUCUUUUUUACCUUUGCCUCUGCCCUCCUGGUUGGAUCUAUUUUCUGGAAGGUUGGCGCCAAAAGAGAAAGCUCAGCUGACCUGACCAUGAUUAUUGGAGCCAUGUAUAAUGCUGUACUUUCCAUUGGAAUUAAUAACUGCUCAACAGUGCAGCCGGUGGUCGCCACUGAAAGAGUAGUAUUUUAUCGAGAACGAGCUGCUGGGAUGUACUCUGCCAUACCUUAUGCACUAGCACAGGUUGUUGUUGAAAUACCGUAUGUGUUUGUUCAAACUGUAUAUUAUGUGCUGAUUGUGUAUGCUAUGGUGAGCUUUCAAUGGACGGCGGAAAAAUUCUUCUGGUUCUUCUUUGUCAACUUCAUCUCAUUCCUUUAUUUCACAUAUUACGGAAUGAUGACUGUCGCCAUCUCACCAAACCAUCAAGUAGCAGCCAUAUUGGCAUCAACGUUUUAUUCAUUCUUCAACCUCUUCUCGGGUUUCUUCAUACCAAGGCCGAAAAUACCCAAGUGGUGGAUUUGGUAUUACUGGAUAUGCCCGGUAGCGUGGACGGUGUAUGGAUUGAUUGUGUCACAAUAUGGUGAUGUUGAGGACACCAUUAAAGCACCUGGGUUAACACCUGACCCAACUGUGAAAUGGUAUGUAGAAAACUAUUUUGGAUAUAAUCCAAAUUUCAUGGGACCAGUUGCGGGAGUUCUUGUUGGCUUCGCGCUCUUCUUUGCCUUCAUGUUUGCCUGUUGUAUAAAGAUACUCAAUUUCCAAAUUAGAUAGAGGAAUUCUUGGUAUACCCCAUGUGUCCUAUAUACAUAUGUGUUACAGCA